AGAAACUUAAAAUGUCAGACCCACUAGAGGCUGUCUUUGAGCUGCUUCUGUUAUGAAUCAUAGAAAUACGAGAUUAUAGAUGUGGAAUGUAUAGCCUAUGGCCUUUGUUUUGUAUAAUAGCAUGGAGUUUAACACUUUGACUUGCAUCAAGCCCUUGAAAAGACGCAUGCCUGCUGAUUAUCUCACCAAUUAUUAACGUGCUGCUGACCUUGUUUGGCUUUAUUGCAGUUUUCACAAGAUGGGAAUGAAUGAGUCAGAAUUAUAAAUACUUGGCUUAUAUAGUGUACAUUCUUGUGUGUCUCUUUUUCCUCUGACUUCACGUUGCUUUAUAUAUACAAUAUGCUAAAGAUAAGCGAAAGAGGGAUAAUGAUCAAUCAGAACUGACACAGAGAUUCCUAGAGUAACCCAUUGAGAAGUUUCAAAGAUUCUAUUUUA